GUGGCAGCGUGGAAGUGGAACGGUCGGCUACUUCUGCUUCGACCUGAUCAAAACUUAGUUUCCACAUUCAAGAGUCAAAAGGGUGACAACUGGUCACGAUUUUCUCACUGCCUGGUCCCAACUGGCGUCCUGUGUGGUGUUGACUGAGCGGAGGUGGUCCUUUGGAACCCAGAGAUGCCUCCCUGUCCUAUAAAAUAAAGCGUUUGAUCCAUGUUUUUAUAUUGAAUGUGAUUUGGCCCGCCGGAUUCAAUAGCCAAGAAUCUGGCUGCACUAGCAGUUGGCGCACGCCUUUUCAGCUGUCGUCUUGCACUGUACCAUGUGAACCUGCUGCUCCCAUUUCUUGAUCCUAACAUAAGACCCAGCCAAAACUCUAAAAUCCCAUUUCUUCGUCGACAACGACCGACCCGGCAACAGUCGUCCAUUGCCCGAACCCCUCCGAAAGAAGAAAUGAACCAAGAAGCAGAAGAAGAGCUCAAGAACUUCAUCCUAGUAUGGACCUCCGCCCUCGCCGCCCUCGCCUACUCCUACUUCGCCUCCUCCGCCGUCCCCCGCGGCGCCCUCCGCCUCCUCUCCCUCCUCCCCGCCGUCCUCCUCCUCUCCUUCCUCCCCCUCCGCCUCUCCUCCUUCCACCUCGGCGGCCCCACCGUCUUCUUCCUCGUCUGGCUCGCCAACUCCAAGCUCCUCCUCCUCUCCUUCCACCUCGGCCCCCUCGCCGACGCCCCCGGCCUCCUCCACUUCCUCUCCCUCGCCUCCCUCCCCGUCAAGGUCAAGCCGCCGCGUGAAGACAAGAAAGCCCCUGGAAAAUCCCCGAAAUCCGCUCUCGCUUCGGUCCGACUCGCGGUCAAGGUUUUGAUUCUGGUUUCGGUUCUUCGCGCCUACGAGUACAGGCCUCGGUUGCAUGAGUACGCGAUCCUCGCGCUCUACUGCGUCCACAUGUACCUGGAAUUGGAGCUCGUCCUCGCGAUCUGCGCGGUCCCGGCUAGCGCCGCCCUAGGGCUCGACCUCGAGCGGCAGUUCGACGAGCCCUACCUCGCGACCUCGCUGCAGGACUUCUGGGGCCGUCGGUGGAACCUCAUGGUCAGCAGCAUACUCCGGUCCACCGUGUACGACCCCGUGCGGCGCCGCCUCGCGCCCCUCGUCGGGGCGAGGCCGGCCUCCCUCCCGGCGACCGUCGCGGCGUUCGCCGUCUCCGGGGUGAUGCACGAGGCGAUCUACUACUACAUCACGCGGGCGAGGCCCACGUGGGAGGUGACGUGGUUCUUCGUGUUCCACGGGAUCUGCGUGGCGGCGGAGGUGGCGGCGAAGAGGUGGACGGGCGGGAGGUGGAGGAUGCACAGGGCGGCGUCGGGGGUGCUGACGGUGGCGUUCCUGGCGGUGACGGGGGUGCGGUGGUUUUUCCCGCAGCUGACGAGGAAUGGCGUGGACGAGAAAGUCAUAAGGGAGUGCUACGCGAUGUUUGACUUCGUGAAAUGCGAAGUAACUCGGUUCGUUUUCCAUAUAAAAAGCGAAUUUGUGUGAGAAUUAUUGAAGCUGCACGAGAGUUUCUUUUU